AUGCCCCAGCGGCAGCGGGCCCUCCCACCUGAACACCUCUCCAUCCCCAUCCCUCCCAUCCCCCGAGACAACACCGUCGUCAAGACGUCGGAUUCGGCCAGGGAGGCCUCGUGUCGGCUGCGGAACGACAAGAGAUGGAACUUCCAUAAGGAUGAGAUCCGCCGCAUCUAUAUCGAGGAGGACCGCACGCUCCAGGUCACCAUGCGGAUGAUCGAGGAGAAGUACGGCUUCAAGGCAAGCCCGAGGAAGUGGAAGAUGAAGCUCAAGGAGUGGAACUUUGAAAAGUACUUCCCCUCGGCCGUCAUGAGCUUCGCCGUCGCCAAGAGGGAGAAGAGGAAGAAAGAGGAGGGCAAGGAUACCAUAUUCUAUCACGGCAACUCUUUGAUCCCGCCCGAGAAGAUCGAACACUUCAAGCGCAGGAAGAUGUCAAAUAAAGCGCGGAUGGCAAGUCCGGAUCCAGCACGGCAUGGCACAGACGCACCGGACGAACCGCCGCAACUGACUUGCACUACUAUAGGCACGCCAAGAGAUAUAAGCUACUCGACCCCAGGUCCGGAGCGGUCUCCGUCGCCCACGUCGGAAGAUGUCACGAUCACCCUCGCUGACUACCGCACGACGACGGGAAACCAAGGGCCAACGGGCCAACAGAGUGUCACGCCGAAGAUGGAGCAGAGUGUCACUCCCGUCACGGAGCAGAGCGUGAAGCCAAUGGGAAAGCACUUUGCUCCCCAGAUGAGGGAGCAGAGCAUGCCUCACUAUCAACCUCCGGCGAUGGGGUACGCACCUAGAGGACAGGAUGGCGAUGAGGAUGCUGACGGCGAUGUGACGACUCCAGCACCGCCUAGCUACACCGAUGAGCUUCCUGCCCUCAGUCCUCUGAGACCCCCCUCCUCGCCAAACUCGUCAUCCAACCUCCAAGAGCUCUCUCAAAGCCCCCCAUCGACUUCCCAAGACCACAACACGCUUCCUCAGAUGAAAUAUCUGACUAUCAACCCGGUCCUCUUGGAUGUCAAUCAUGUCGGGGACGACACGAUUUCCUCUAAUGACGAUCAAAUGGUAUAUCAGAUGGACCGCCGCGGCUCAAGUGUGCAACCCACCGAUAUCCAAAAGGUAUCCGGAAAAGAAACCAGCACAGAGCCAUCAGAUAGCAUAAUACACGGUGUAGUGAUCGACUUCCCGCGGAUCGCCUCCAGAUUGUCAACUUUUGAUAUUGCCGGUCAGACGUCCUACCUUCGGGGCAGCGAUGACAUGCUACCUCCUAUCGGCGACAACGCAGACGAAAGAGCCUUGGACGGAAGUCUGGCCACAUUUGAAGAAAAAAUGGACCUUGCUCAAACAUAUCGGGAAAGCGGCUCUUUGCGAAAUGCUGAGUCAGCAUAUCUUCAAGCUCUGGUGGAGUACUCUGAAAUUGCCUGCGCCGAGGGAAAGAUAGCUCGACAUAUCCCCGAAUUUCUUCUUUUCUUCAAGUCUCUCGAAAACACUGGUCCUGAACAUAACUUGCACCAGAGCAUCUUCAUUUGUCGCUGGUUACUGGUAACAUGCGAAAAAGAACUUGGCCAGGGGCCUGAAACGAUACGAACUAUGCAUGCACUAGCCGGCUUGCGAUUACGAUCCAAACGGUUAUUCGACGCGGAGGAUUUAUACACGAAAUCCUUCAGCGGCUUCGAGAGACUGGGGCUAGUCAAGGAAAGACUGGAAUGUCAACGCUCCCUCGGAGUACUGCUCUUCAGUGUGGGACGCCUCGACAAGGCAGUGCGGAUGCUGGUCUCCACGCUCUGCGAGUACAUGACCGGCGACACGCUCGAAGGCCUCGGGCGCGGCGACGAAGUAUGCGAAGUCCUAACCGCGCUCUCUGACGCCUUCAUAAAAACCAAGCACGAUAGACACUGGAACGCCAUGAAGUCCUCCGUGUCGCAACUCCAGACCCUUCUCGUCCGGCCCCAGGAAGUCUGUCGAUGGUCGCCGAACAUCCAGCCGAAAGUGUUUCUCGAAGCCAUGAAGCUGGCAUCCACAAUCUCGGCAGAGGAUUGGUACGAGACGGCUGAAAUGCUGUACCUGGUCACCGUGCCCAAGAUCCACGCGCUCGACAACUUCAUAUACGGGCGCAAGAAAGCAGACGCGUUCAUCGCUUACUGCAUGCAACAUCGGCGGCGCAAAGAAUGGCGCAAAUGCAUCCGUGACAUUUUGCACGCGUACAAGUGCCUGAUGGCCGGCGACCGCGAAUCAGCCGUGCAGGAAGGACCCGUCGACCUCCUCCGGGAGACCUGGUCCGUCAUCAAGAAAGCCAUCGUCGACGAGCCGGGCGUCACCAAAGACGCUGCGACACGAGAAUCGAUGCGCAAAAUCGACCUUGCCGACCAGAAAUUGCUGUGCUGGAAGAAACUCCUGCUCUCCGGCUUGCUGGACGACGAGAGCGAGGAGGAGGACUGGGACAAGGACGCGACGGCGCGCGACUCCAGGUACGGCGUCACGUACAGCGUGAGCGACGUGACUGGGGUGAGCUACUCGGCGUAUUACCGAGAGCUGCGGUAA